CACGGCAUUUCCGUCGUCUUCAAGUUCUCUAUCUGUUCGAUUUUACAACGGCCUAUCCUUUUCCGUCUUUUCUUCUUUAUUGAUUUACACUCUAGGAAUUAUUAAUUAAUUAAUUAAUAGAGUUUUUUUAAUAUUAAUUAAAAGAAAAACAGCUACCGAUAGCUUCCUCCUCCGCUAUAUCUGCCUUUCCCGUCUCCGUCUCCAUCUCCAUCUCCAUCUCCAUCUCCAUCUCCAUCAUCUCUUUAGCCCACCGGAGGGAACAAUCAAUUAGCUUCUCUCUCUAAAAUUCUCUAUCUAGAAGUAGCAUAGAAUAAAAGAUUAACGUUCUUCGAUCUGCUGGAAUUGCUUUCGACAUUGAGGUGUGAUAGAUUUUUUGGAUCCAUAGAGAAAAUAGACCAUGGCGUUAGGUAAAUACUCUAGAAUAGACAACAAUAGAAGAUCAUCCUUGAGCUAUUGUUCGACAGUGACGAUGGUGGUAUUUGUGGCUCUCUGCUUGGUUGGGGUAUGGAUGAUAACAUCAUCGUCCAUGGUUCCUGGUCAAAACGAUGUGCCUGCUCAGGAAAACAAAAAUGAGGUGAAGGAACCAGUGACUGAUAGCAUGGCUAGCAAUACUAGGCAGACUGAUAGCACUGAGAGCAAUGCUAGGCAGUUUGAAGAUAGUCCUGGUGACUUGCCUGAGGAUGCAACAAAAGGAGAUAGUAGUGAGAAUAAUGAUAAUAAUAAUAAUAAUAAUAGUGCUCCAGAAAACCAAGAGAAGAAGUCCAAUGAGGAGACUAAUCAAGAAGUACAACAAACGCAAGAUGGUGAGACAGAGGGUGGGGAUUCUAAGACACAAAAUGCAGAAUCAGAAACUGGUGAAACAAAAUCAGGUGACAGUGAGAAUGAUUCAGGAGGACGGGGAGGUUCUGAAGAUAAUUCAACUGAGAAAAAAACUGAUUCAGAUGACAAUGAGAAGAAGUCCGAUUCGGAUGAGAUGAACCGGAAGUCUGAUGACAAGGGUGACAAAAAAUCUGAUUCGGAUAACUUGGAGGAGGAUGAGAAAAAACCUGAUGCAGACAACAAUGAUAUGAAAUCGGAUAACUCGGGCGAAACAAAGGACGAUGGUCAAAUUGAGGAGAAGGUGGAUGAAACCAAUAAAAAAGAAUCAGAUAAUAGUUCAGAUGAGCAGAAGGAUGGUGGAAAGGCCACUAACCAGAGUUCAAAUGAGGUAUUUCCUUUAGGGGCUCAAUCGGACCUUUUGAAUGAAACCACGACUCAGAAUGGCUCAUGGUUAACUCAGGCAGCAGAGUCAAAGAAUGAAAAGGAAGCUCAGCAGUCUUCCAAGCAAAAAUCUGAGUACACUUGGAAGCUCUGCAAUGCCACUGCUGGGCCUGAUUUCAUCCCAUGUCUUGACAAUUGGCAAGCAAUUAAGAGUCUUCGAAGUACCAAGCACUAUGAACAUCGAGAGAGGCACUGCCCUGAAGAGCCCCCCACCUGCCUUGUCCCACUCCCUCAAGGAUACAAACGCUCGAUUGAGUGGCCUAAAAGCAGGGAAAAGAUAUGGUAUUACAAUGUUCCCCACACCAAGCUUGCGCAACUCAAAGGGCAUCAAAAUUGGGUCAAAGUCACUGGUGAAUAUCUCACUUUCCCUGGUGGUGGAACGCAAUUUAAGCAUGGUGCUCUUCAUUACAUUGAUUUCAUAAAUGAGUCUGUGCCAGAUAUUGCAUGGGGUAAACGUACUCGUGUGAUUUUGGAUGUUGGAUGUGGGGUUGCUAGCUUCGGAGGCUUUCUCUUUGACCGAGAUGUUCUUGCUAUGUCAUUUGCCCCUAAAGAUGAACAUGAAGCCCAAGUGCAAUUUGCUCUGGAAAGGGGAAUCCCUGCCAUAUCUGCUGUAAUGGGCACAACGAGACUUCCAUUCCCGGGCAGAGUCUUUGAUAUUGUCCAUUGUGCACGCUGUAGAGUCCCAUGGCAUAUUGAAGGUGGUAAACUUCUUCUGGAACUGAAUCGCGUGCUGAGACCUGGCGGUUUCUUCGUGUGGUCUGCUACUCCUGUUUAUCAGAAGCUUGCUGAAGAUGUUGGAAUUUGGAAAGCCAUGAGUGAACUAACCAAAGCCAUAUGCUGGGAACUUAUAUCCAUUAAUAAGGAUACAGUGAACAAGGUGGGUGUAGCGAUAUAUAGAAAACCUACUUCGAAUGAUUGCUAUGAGAAAAGAUCACAACAAGAUCCUCCAAUCUGCUCACAGUCUGAUGAUCCAAAUGCAGCCUGGAAUGUGCCACUACAAGCAUGCAUGCAUAAGGUGCCUACAAAUUCAUCAGAACGUGGCUCUCAAUGGCCAGAGCAAUGGCCAGCAAGGUUGGAGAAGACUCCUUACUGGUUAUUGAAUACGCAGACUGGAGUUUAUGGUAAACCAGCACCGGAAGAUUUCACCGCAGACUAUACGCAUUGGAAACGUGUGGUGUCAAAGUCAUAUCUAAAUGGAAUGGGAAUAAACUGGUCUUUGGUGAGGAAUGUGAUGGACAUGCGAGCUGUCUAUGGAGGAUUUGCGGCCGCUUUGAAAGAUCUGAAUGUGUGGGUCAUGAAUGUGAUCUCAGUAGACUCUCCGGAUACACUACCCAUAAUUUAUGAACGAGGCCUGUUUGGUAUUUAUCAUGACUGGUGCGAAUCAUUUAGUACCUAUCCUCGAUCCUAUGAUCUUCUCCAUGCAGACCAUCUCUUUUCCAAGAUUAAAAAUAGGUGCAGUAUGGUUGCUGUGAUGGCAGAGGCUGACCGGAUCCUUCGGCCAGAAGGAAAACUUAUUGUAAGGGAUAAAGUUGAGAUCAUUACCGAGCUGGAGAAAAUUGCAAGGUCGAUGCAGUGGGAGGUUCGGAUGACUUAUUCCAAGGACAAGGAGGGCUUGCUAUGUGUCCAGAAGUCCAUUUGGCGGCCCAAAGAGGUUGAGACAAUCACAUACGCUACUGCUUAGUCUUUCUUACCCCGAAUCUCUAUCAAUUCUCAAGAUUGUAUUGCCCAUGAAAUUAGGUAUUCUUUUGUUCUGGUUGCCAACCGCUAUCCAUGGUUUUUGAACCUCCAUGUUAGCCGAUGUAUCAUGUUUGCUAGUCCUUCUGGUUCAAUGUUUUACAUUUUUCUCGUAGAGUUAAUAUAUUAUAAUCCAAGGUUCGUUGGUAACCAAGUUUUCGCUGUAAUAUUAUACGCGCUACUGCUGCAAAAUUGCAAUUAUUGAAAGUGUAAAAGUAAUUUAUUAGCAAUUUUGGCAGAAA